AUGAUUUUGCAUUUCUGGGAGAGAACUGCAUAUAAACAAAACAGUUCUCUCCUCUGUCAGCUCCUGCACACUGCUUUGCAUGGCUGUGCAUAGCAGAGCCAUGCAAAGCAGUGUGCUUACAGUGGAAAGCACUAACACAGCCCCAUCGUAAAACACACACAUGUUAACCCCUUCCUGCCCAGUGCCAUUAGUACAGUGUCAGUGCUUUUUAUUAGCACUGAUCACUGUAUUGGUGUCACUGGGGAUGUCAGUGACACCAAGUCAGUUCCCCCCCCAGUGUCAGAAUGCCCCCCGCAGUCCUGCUAUA